AUCCGCGUGAAUUUGUUUACUCUAGUUUAGCAUCUCGACGCGGCAUCAUCCGGAACCAUGCGCAUCAUAGUGUUGAGUUUGUUGGUGGGUGUAUCUCAAGGAUAUGUUACAGGAUAUCCUAGCUAUGGAUAUGGCUUGGGCUCAAAUAGCCUGCUUGGGUACGGAUAUCAUCCAUACCAAACCAACCCCCAGGUUUAUUCAAGCAUCCAACCAAACCUAGACCAUCCAACCCUAUCCUAUUCAAACCUGGAGCAUCCAACCCUAACCCAACAUAGCAACACUAUAGUAAAUGCUCAACAACACUUCACUCCACAAUUGGCUCCAAAGUAUGAACCUGCUCCAAUAUUUCAAUCUGUUCCUGCUCUCCCUGCUCCAGUUUCCGCGCCCGCGGUUCCUGAGCAUGUUGAACUCCACCACAGUGUACAACACCUGGAAGAACCUUUGCACCUAGAUCAUCAAGAACAUGUUCACUAUGAAGAACCCUUGAAUGUUGAGGUGACAGAUGGAGCAGAAUCUGUUCAAUUUCAUGCCCAGGACGAGUUUGGAAACUCUGAGUAUGGAUAUAGAAAUGUAAACUCCGCCAAACAUGAAGUAUCGUCCAACGGAAUAGUCCGAGGAUCCUACUCCUACCUGGACGAUUCCGGCCAUCAUACAGUUAACUAUGUGGCCGACGACUGGGGUUUCAGACUUGUGUAAGUGAAGACUAAAGAGCAAGAUGACACAACUUCCCAGAGUAUAUCUUGUAUUUGAUCAAUUUUAGCAUGUGAUGAGAUGAACAUUAGACAGAGUACUUAUAUCAAUAAAAAACUAUGAUAGA